CUCACUUUUCUAACCAUUCUUGUCUUAGCCUCGAUCAACUCUACCUCUCCACCUUUCUUGCAUAUCCCCCUCUUCUCCCACCUUUUUUGACCCAACAUGCCUAACAAACACGAGAACGUCACUAUGUUCCAGUUCUUUGAGUGGUACACCCCUGCAGACCACAUGCACUGGAUCCGUCUCAAGGAGCAGGCCAGCUUGCUCAGCACUCUCGGCCUGACCGCCAUCUGGGUUCCACCCCCAACCAAGGGAAGCUCCCCUUAUGAUGUUGGCUAUGCCGUGUACGAUCUUUGGGACAUGGGUGAAUUCGACCAAAAGGGCACCCUGCCCACUAAAUACGGUACCAAGGACGAGCUCAAGGCUGCGAUCGAUGAGUGCAAAAAGUACGGCAUCCAAGUCUACUUUGAUGCGGUCCUGAACCACAAGGCCUCGGGCGAUGAGACCGAGGUCUUUAAGGCGGUUGCAGUCGCGGAUGAUGAUAGGACACAAGAGAUCGAGGCCCCGCAUGAUAUUACUGCUUGGACAAAGUUUACGUUCCCAGGAAGGAAGGGCAAAUACUCGGAUUUUGAAUGGAACUAUACGCACUUUUCCGGAACGGAUUGGGAUGCCAAGGAGAAGAGAUCUGCUGUGUUCAGGAUCGAGGGCGAGAACAAGAGCUUCUCGGACGAUGUCGAUAGCGAGAACGGUAACUUUGACUAUCUGAUGUGCUGCAAUAUCGAUUACAAGCACCCGGAUGUCGUUGCCGAGACUGAGCGCUGGGCCAUGUGGUGCGUUAACGAGUUCGGAAUCGAUGGACUCAGAAUCGACGCACUGAAGCACAUCAGCGCCGGGUUCAUUGCUCAUCUGCUCGAUCACGUCCGCAAGGAGUCCAAUAACCCCGACUUUUUCGCCGUUGGAGAGUACUGGAAGCAAGAUGUGAAUGAUUUGGACUCGCACUUGGAGACAGAUAGCAACAUCCACUUGUUUGAUGUUCCACUUCACUACAACUUUGCUCGUGCAGGAAAGGAAGGCCCCUCCUUUGAUAUGAGAACCAUCUUUGAUGGCUCCCUUGUCCAGUCAACCCCUCAGUCUGCUGUCACCUUCAUUGACAACCACGAUACCCAGCCCUACCAAGCUCUCGAAAGCUUUGUCGAGCCCUGGUUCAAGCCUCUCGCUGCCGCUCUUAUUUGUCUGCGCUUUGAUGGAUUCCCAUGCAUCUUCUAUGGUGACUUCUACGGCAUCGAAGCCAAAUCUUCGAAAGAACCACACACGGCCAUCCCAGGUCGCAAAGAAAUGUUCUCCCGUAUGCUCCUAGCCCGCAAAGAAUUUGCCUACGGUGACCAAGACGACUACUUCGACCACACGAACUGCGUCGGUUGGGUCCGCCACGGCGAUGAACACCAUCCUAAGGGUCUCGCUGUUGUCAUGUCGAACUCACACGCCAAGGGUAACAAACGCAUGAACGUCGGCGCCCAUCGUGCGGGACAGGUCUGGGUCGAUAUGAUGGGAUACUGGCAGGACCCUGUCACGAUCAAGGAGGAUGGAUCUGCGAAAUUCUAUUGCCACUCGGGCAGUGUCAGCUUGUGGGUCGAGAAGGAGGAAGGAAAGAGCUGGAUUACCGUGGAGGAGUCGAGUCCGGAGGAGAAGGAGAAGCAUCAGCGAGAGGAGGACGAUGCACGCGCACAUGCGGACGAUCAAAGCGAGAGUGAGGAGGAGGAGACCAAGGAGUUCGAGGCCGAACAUCCAGAGUUGCCAAAGCCCUUGGAUACCUGGGAUCACCUCUUGAAGGAGGAUGAGCCCCAGCGCUAAGAAACUGUAAAGAUACGCCACUUUAUUCAAUACCACCAUCAUCAUAGUACCCCCAUGUAUAGAGUCCUCAUUAGGGAGUCAUGAAGCCAAUAUAAUUCUUUUACAUCUGCA